ACUCUCCAGCAGGAAAUUCCAGGCUGGUGCAAGGUGACAGCAGCCGGUUAGUUGUGUAACCUGAUAAUGAUGGAACUGAGAUGCUGGGGAGGUGACUGGGGGUUACCCUCUGUGCAUCCUGAAUCCCUUGUUGUUCUGGCAUAUGCAAGAUUUGCUGGUGCUCCGCUGAAAGUGAAUCCUGUUGAUUACACAUGGGCAAGUUCAAAAGGUAUUGUGCCAAUCUUAAUAUCAGAACUGAAUGUUAUUACACACCCAGCCAAGAUUCUGACUUUUUUUAGGAAACAGAAAUAUAAUGCAGAUUAUGUGCUAUCUGCAAAGGAGGGAUCUGAUACCCUGGCAUAUAUUGCACUACUUGAGGAGAAGCUGCUUCCUGCCUUGCUACAUACAUUUUGGGUUGAAACAGAAAAUUAUUCUAUUGUGACAAGACCAUGGUAUGCCUCACGGACUCCAUUCCCACUAAAUUAUUACCUUCCUGGAAAGCUAUCUCAAGAAGCAGUGAACAGAAUUCUGGUCACAAAGGGGCAGCCACCUUUAUGCAGUUUAAAUGAAGUGGAAGCUCAGAUUUACAGAGAUGCCAAGGAAUGUCUGAAUCUUCUCUCUAACCAGUUGGGGACAUCACAGUUUUUCUUUGGGAAUCUGCCUACAUCCCUGGAUGCUUAUGUGUUUGGUUUCGUAGCCCCUCUAUAUAAAGUUCAUCUUCCCAAAGUCCACUUGAAAGAACACCUGAAGCAGCUCUCUAACCUUUGCCAGUUUUGUGACAACAUCAUUGGCAGCUAUUUUAUGCAGAACAAUGCAGAUAUUUCUAUUGUUGUCCAAGAAGCAAUAGAUGCAAAUCUUCAGAAGCUCACACAGCUUGUUAAUAAAGAAUCCAACCUAAUUGAAAAGAUGGAUGACAAUCUCUGGAGAAGUCCUCAAAAUCGCCCUAAAAAACGAACAACCUUAAAGCCUUCGGCAACUACCGAAUAUGGAAAUUCCUCACAUAAUUUGACCACUUAA